CUCAUCCUCAUCUUGUAUGCUGUGCUGACAGAAGGCUUAAAUUCUAGCUUUCUGUAAAGAACAAAAGGCAGUGCAAGAGGUGGCCAUGCAAACACUUAAGAACUUGCUCUUUGUAAGCAUCUUCAUCCUUUGGGUAGAGCUGCCACCUGCAAUAUUGUAUGGGAAAAUAAGCAAACCUGGUUUCUGCCCAAUAGAUCUUUGCCGCUGUACCGGACCUCAACCAGAUCGAUGCAAGAAUGAUUAUUCCUGUGGAGGAAAGAAGAAAUGUUGUAUGUUUUGCUGCGCAAUGCAAUGCAAGGAACCAGUAAAAGUGAGACCAGGACAGUGCCCCCCUAAUGAGAUUGUAUGUGUCAAAGCUGAAAAAGAUGAGUGCCAAUAUGACAUUAAUUGUCCUAGUCCACAAAAGUGCUGUUAUAAUUUUUGUGCUAAUCGUUGUGUGAAUCCUGUGUAAAGGUAAAUGGAAUCUAAAACUGGUACAUUUCACUUAA